GCACUUGAUCGCACUGUAUAAUACUACAUCGAACAAGAAAAUUGAAAGAUUUUUUUAAAUAGAGCUGCUAAAUCGAUAAUUUGUUUACUUAUUUGUGUACAGAUUUAACAUGACUGUGGAAUCAGGGUGUACAUGUUUGGCAUUGUAAUGAAAAUAUGAGUUAUUCAAAUCUAAACUUAUUGGUGAAUUCGUGUCUAAAAUUAGAUCUUGGGAUUAGACAGAAGAUAUUAGGUAACUGGUGCAAGGAUAUAAUUUUUGGUUAUGCAUCGACAUAUUAUCGAUCGUUCCAUUCAUCUAUAACUCCAGAUCAAGCACAGAAAGAUAUCCAAGCAGUUCCUCCAACACCUCAAGAAGUAACUGUAAUCCUCAGAAAAAAUGAGUUUAGUAAAGAAUUUACAUCAGGUUCAGUCAAAUCCUAUGACUCUAAUCAGCUCGCAUCAAAUAUUCCUAUUGAAGAUACCAGAAUUGAAGGUGUAUGCAAGAUGACAUCAGGUAUGCUAAUGGGAGUUUUUGAUGGUCAUGGGGGACCAUCUUGCUCAAAAGUGAUAUCUAAGCGGCUGUUGAAUUACAUAGCCGCUGCCCUUUUACCACCAGAUGACUUAAGAAAAUAUCUAAAUGAGGAUUUGCAUCAAGGCCUUGUAGAAACAUUUAACGAUAAAGUAGAGCUUGCAGAAGAACUAAAAGUUAUACAUACAAAUAGUUUUAAACAAUAUUUAUUAGAUCUUCUAGAAGAACAUAAUGCUGGUAAUGAUGUAGGUGUUUCACUGGAGAAGGCAAUCUUAAAAUUAGAUAGUGAUAUGUCUAACGAAGUGAUAGAACCUUUUAAGAAGAAUGGUGUUGUAAAUACAAAGACUUUAUCAGUGGCUAUGUCUGGUGCAGUGGCUUGUGUGGCACAUAUCGAUGGACCUCAUUUGUAUAUUGCCAAUGUCGGCGAUUGUAAUGCUGUCCUUGGUACACUUACAGAAGACAAUGAGUGGAUAGCGAAAAAGAUCACCAAGGAACAUAAUUUCGAAAAUGCUAGUGAACUAGAAAGAUUAUAUAGUGAACAUCCCAAAGAAGAGACAAAAACAAUAAUAAGACGAAACCGCCUACUAGGAGACUUAGCUCCUUUAAGAAGCAUGGGAGAUUACAAAUUUAAGUGGUCUGUGGAGACUAUUAGUAAUCUAUUAGUACCACUAUUUGGUCCAACAGUCAUUCCUCAGUACUAUCAUACUCCGCCAUAUUUGACUGCCAAGCCUGAUGUCUUUUACCACAGACUUACAUCUAAAGAUAAAUUCUUAAUAAUUGCAUCAGAUGGUAUAUGGGAUAUGAUGACCACAGUGCAAUCAGUAAAGUUAGUCGGGGAACACAUGAAAGGAAAGGUGUUCUUUAAUCCUCUAAAGUUACCGCGAAAGAACAUUCAAUUAGGAGAUAUAAAUGAUUUAUUAUUGCAUAGAAAGGAAAGCUUAAAGAGUAAACCGAAAGAUAGGAACGCUGCUACACAUUUGAUUCGUCAUGCAGUUGGAGGCACAGAGUAUGGAGUGGAUCAUUCUAGACUGGCUCAUCUACUGAGCUUACCACAGGAUGUUUGCCGUAUGUUUAGAGACGAUAUGACAGUAACAGUAGUUUAUUUUGAUUCGGAAUUCUUAAGACAAUGCCCAUCUUAAGUUUAUAAACAUUUUGAUUGUGCCCACUU